AUGGACGAGGAAGGGCGAGGGAAUGCGCAGAGGAAGAAGCUGACGAACAUCGACAGCGGGGAGAGAGAAGAGUCCAAUAGGGAAUGUUCUCUUCUCGGCUUCUCACUGCGUCGUGCCACAGUGUCACUUGCAAGGAGCGACAGCCUGGAGUUACUCCUUCUAUAUGACAGUAAGAUCACGAGUGUGGAGUUCGACGGAUGGGCGACUCCCAAAUUGAGAGAACUCUGGCUCAGCAAUAAUCUGUUGACCUCUAUCCCGGCCUUCAGGUGCGACAGCCUGGAGUUACUCUUUCUAUAUGACAAUAAGAUCACGAGUGUGGAGUUCGACGGAUGGGCGACUCCCAAAUUGAGAGAACUCUAUCUCUACAACAAUUUGUUGACCUCUGUGCCGGCCUUCAAAAGCGACAGCCUAGAAAUACUCAAUCUUAGAGACAAUAAGAUCACGAGUGUGGAGUUCCACGGAUGGGCGACUACCAAAUUGAGGGAUUUCGCCAUUGCACGAAAUCCUCUGUCGGGGCUCCCUUCUGCAGCAAUCAAGGGCAUGAAGAAUCUGGAGACGUUCCAUUGUUACGAGUCCAAUCUCGGACCAACCCUUUUACGAGGUGUACUGGAAUUCCAGAGCAAGGCCUUGAAACUAGUAACUCUCUGGGGCAACAACAUUUCCGAAGUGGAGGAAGGAGCCAUCACUGGUCUAGGACCUAAUACGGAGAUUUUUCUGACAAACAAUGAAAUAGUUGUAUUAUCUGAGGAGAGCUUCCGCCCAAUGUUGGACAUCCUCUCGAAGGGAUAUGGAGUCCUCAAUCUAACAGGCAAUCCUAUCCGAUGCGAUUGUGACAUAGCAUGGCUGGUUCUCAAUGAGAAAUUUCUUACGAGUAUUUCUGGGAAGUGCCACAAUGGAACCGAAUUGAAGGAUUUGGAUGUGUUUGCUAUGAAAGACUGUGGUCGUCAAUCGAACGUUUCAGCAUCCACAACUCAAGCUGUGGAUAGAGAGUUGGGACAACUCCGUCUGAGCCUUCAUAACCUGUGA